AUGCAUCGUCUUUUUGCUGAGCUGGAGCCAUCUUUAACCGUCACAGAGCAAAACCUGGCAGACCGAGUUCGGUAUAUCUUGCGCUCAAAUAUAUUUGAUGUCGCCGAACUCGAACGGCUACGACGUGAGGCUGUUCCCUCGUCGGAUGAGAAUGCUACGGCUGAGGAUGCGGCGCCACAAAUGGUAGAGCAACCCGCAAACGUGGAUGCCGCCGUGAAUACCCCAGUUGUGGUUGAUUCAAACGAUGAUGGAACAGUCGCCCAGGAACUGGAAUUAGAGCAUAUGAGGAGUACAUUGGAAGAGGCGAUUGUGGAAACGCGCAGUACGCCUCUCGAAAAUCGACCGCGACUUCCCCGCAUAGCCCUAAGCAAGCGGAAUCGGGCUGUCGUGAGGGCUCUGAACCCAAUGCUGGUGACCUAUUUGGAAGCCAGCCGGGACCUUUGCGAGACGGACUCAAUUCUUUUUGGCGCCGCGCUGGCAGUCUGCCGUAUCAUAGGCGCCAAGGUUUCCACGGCUGGACGCGCUACUGGCCAUAGUAGCGCUAUCCCAGCAUGGAGAAGAAGAAUUGAGGAACGUAUCGCAAAGGCUAGAGCUCUCAUCGGCAGACUGAUAUGCUUCAGAUCAGGCAACAACAGGCCAAGAAUUGUGCGCACCGUCAGGAUGGCGUUUGCUGGGACAAAUGUCAGUUUGUCCCAGCCGGAUAUAACGCAAAAACUGACGGAACGCAUAGAUGAUCUGAAGCAGAGAAUCGCUGCUUGGGGAAAACGGAUUCGGCGAUAUACCGAGAGGUCGACACGGUUCAACCAGAAUCGUCUCUUCCAGAGUGAUCAGAAGAGGCUCUAUGAAUCAUUGGAGCGACCAAUGGUAAGUGGAACGGGUCCAGCACCGAAUCAGGCCGACACUGUAGCAUUCUGGCGCGGCCUGUGGUCAGAGCCCGUAAACCACAGCGAGGGCCCUUGGACGGAAGUUGUGGCGAGUCAGUGUGCGGGUAUUACGCCCAUGGACCCCGUCAUCAUAACGCCGGAUGACGUAGCUGAGGCGGUCCGUAGGGCCCCGAACUGGAAAAGUCCGGGGCUUGACGGGCUGCAUCACUACUGGCUGAAGGGGUUCAUGGUGUGUCACUCUGUGCUUGCCCGACAGUUUUAA